GUUUGAUUGUGAACAGUGAAGAAGGGUUCAGCGGCUUCAGUUGGUGGAAGAAUCAGAUUAGUCGGUUUUUCUAGGGUUUAUAAGAAAGUUGAACUAUGGCUGCUGCUAAUUGUGCAAGAAGAGCUUUUCAAAGCUUUACAAAGUCAUCAUCAGCACCACCAUCAUUUGCUUCUGGUGCAGCUAAGUUUGGUGGGUUUACUUCUACUGCUAAACCAACGUCUACACCUCGGUUUUUGAAAUCUACAUUUUCUUCAAGGCUUCCUGUGCUGGGUUGCGCUCAGUCGUUGAUGCCGUUACACAGUGUUACUUCUUCUGCAUUGCUUACUUCGAAGCUCUCUUUGAAGGCAGGAAAUUGGGCUUGGCUUUCGGAAGGAUAUGUGACCCCACUUUGACAUGGCCGGUGAAUUCAAUCCAGUAGACAAAAAGAAGUAGAAUCAGAUUGGGAGGGGAAUCAUUUCUGUUCCACCAUCAUUUUGAAUAAUUUAUUUGUAACUACAAACAAAGAGAGGUAAAUUAUGACAUGGCAAUUCAUGCACUUUUCAAUCUUUAGUUACGGUUGGAUAUCCAUUUUGUAUCAAGUCCUAUCUUCAUCAUUAUGGGAGGCUUCUCAAAUUGGCCGAGUGCUUUUACUUUGGUGCUUAGUCGAGCAAAGAUUUUGUAUCUAAAUGGCUGUUAUUGUACUCUUUCUCUUAGGUAAACUCAUUAGCCGAUACUUGUCACUUGUGCAUUUCAACCUUUUCAUCUGUACCUGAAAAUUUCCUUGGUAGAUAUUUGGUUCCUUGUACUGAGGGCCAACAACUAAAACAAGUGUCAGGUAAGGUUAUUUGGAUUUGGAAUUAGCUGUUGAUCUGCUUUUUAGCUGUAACCAAACCACAACUUUUGCUUGUUAUCAUCAUUCAGGGACAUUAUUUGAAAUAUAACCAACAACCUUGAACCUACUUAUUAUCAGACUCCAAUUAUGCACCUCAGGUGAUCAUUCCUAAUUGUACAAUGAUUUCGUAUAUCACCUCACUUCAAGCAAUGCUAAUAAUCUCCACCAAGUGAAUUUGGCAGCAUGUGGAGCUCAUUGGUCAUUUCUAUUUAUAAUUAGUACCAAAAAUCUUUGUAAAAGGAGUGAGGCGUCAGCUCGGAACUUCAUGAUAUCGUUCUCUUCUUUUUAUUUGAAGGUCCGAGGAAACAAACAAUCAGAGACUACGCGAGGAGACGAUGUCUCUUCUUCUUUCUCCCGAACUUCUAUUAAGAACUAUGGUACGAUCUCUGGAUGUGGGAGCGACCAUACGGCAAACUGUUGUCCAAAACCAGUCCCCACUAGAGUUAUGAUGUGCACGACCGUCCUGGCUCCCCCCACAAACUACUACCGAUUUCAGGCAUUGGAUAUGCACGUCAUAAAUGAAAAAGGACUGCCAUGAAUUUAGCCCUUUCUCAUUAAUUUAUUUCAAAAAUCAAGAGGACCCCUCUUAUAAAUGUAAAAAAUAUGACCGUUGUCCUAGCGUUCUAAUUUUUUCCAAAUUUUAAAAUCCCAGCUUCCCUUUUAGUUACCGUUAUCUCAUCAACCCAAAGCAUCCCGACCUUUCUUCUUUUUCUUCUUCUACUUACCCACCUUAUCUCUAUACAAACCCUAGAAAUUUUCCAGAGAGGAGAAUAUAAAAAAUUGGGGUUUCAAGAAAAACCCAAAUAGAAUUCUUCUCCAAUCUGGGUUCUGUUUUUCCUAUAAUUAUUCUUCGCUGUAAUUCCAUCUAAUUCUUGAUUCAAUUGAUCAAAUUGAGGUUGUUUAAUCCACCAAGAUGGCAGCAUUAGCUCCAGGGAUUCUAUUGAAUCUACUCAAUGGGAUGAAUACAGGGCUUAAACCGACAAGUGAACAUAGAAGUUCAUUAUUACAGGUAACAGAUAUUGUACCAGCUGAUCUUGAUGAGAAAAAUCUUUUACCUAAACAUGGUUUUUAUAUUAAAGUAUCUGAUUCAUCGCAUUCGAUAUAUGUUAGUCUUCCGUUCGAGCAGGAUGAUCUUGUAUUGAGUAAUAAGAUGCAAUUAGGUCAAUUUAUAUAUGUAGACAGAUUAGAACCAGGAUCACCUGUACCUGUAAUCAAAGGUACGAAACCAAUACCAGGUCGCCACCCAUUUAUGGGAACUCCUGAACCAAUAAUGAGUUUAAGAGGUAAUGGACCUAAAAGAAGUUCUUGGGGCACACCACAAAUUGGGGAUGAACCUGUUCCCUCUUCUCCGAUGGUUGUUAAACCGGUACCGUUUGAUUUUCCGGCUACGCCUGUUAAAGAACGAAGUGCAAUGAAAGUAGGACUUAGUUUUCCAAAUUCUCCGAUGAGUAGAAGCAGAUAUGCAGUAAAGGAUGUGAAUUCUAGCUCAGUUUUGAGAUCUUCGAUGGGCGGUGGUCUUUUGUCAAAGAUGGUUAGAGGAGAAAGCCCUAUCAUGGUUAGGAGAAGUUGUGUUGCUCCUUCAUCUACGUCAAAGCUUCCGAGGAGCAAGAGUGUUUGCGAACGAGAACCCAGGAUCCCAAGAAGUCCAUUCAAUCCCAUUGAAAAGAGAAGUGUAACACCCCCACCCAGAUUAAGAAGAAGUACCAGAAUAGGAACAUCUAUCAAUUUUGCUACGGAUGCGCAGAAUUCAGUGAACUCCAGUUCCAUCAAUCGUGCUGUGGAUGCACAGAAUUUGGUGAACUCCAAAUCACAGUCUCAGUACACUAAUCCAACUGCCUCAAAGAAUAAUGCAAAUACCAAUUUCCUGAUGUCCUUACCUGGAAAGCUAUGUUUGCUUGGAAAGGAAGCAGUACAACAAAGGGAUACAACACAGAAAGCUGCUUUACAAGCACUAAGAGAUGCUUCAGCAACCGAGACCGUAGUUCGGGCUCUCAAGAUAUUUUCAGAUUUGAGCAGAACAGCUAAACCAGAUGCACCGUCUAACUGUUUUGAUCAAUUUUUGGACUUCCAUUUUCAUAUUACUCAAUCAGUAACUGAUAUGGAAUCUAUUCAUGCUGCUACUACAGUGGCUCAAAGAAACACUGAUAACCAGAUAAAGUCAGAAGAAGAAGAAGAAUCAUCUGUCUUACACGAAAUAAUGCAUAACUCAAUUGAUGAAAACCGGCACUCAGAUUUGAACUCAUCCAAGAGAAGAUUAUCAUUACAUAAGUCGGCUACACCCACCUUAGAGAAAAGUGAUAUGAAGACAAACAUUUUGAAGCAGCUAAAAUCAAAUGUGAACCAGAAGAAGACUUCUGAGAAAAAGGUGGUGGUAACAACAACUCCGACUGGAAAGGAACGGGUCGAAACAGAGAAUGAUAAGAACCAGAAACCAACUCAAAGCAGCUUCUGCAAUACAAUCAAAUUGGGAAAAAAGAUUGAAAAAGAAGCAGGGAAGUGGUUUAUGAACUUUUUGGAGGAAGCACUGGAAACUGGUUUCAAAAAACAAAAAGGAAGUACAGUGAAUGAUGCUCAAAAAGUUCCUCAGUCUCUCAUGAUCAAGGUUAUUAACUGGGUAGAAGUAAAUCAGUACGACUCCAAUAAGAAGCCUCUUCACCCUAAAGCAGCACAGAUUACUAGAAAGUUGAGAAUUAAAGUGAAAAAUCCUGAAAAAGUUUAAGUCGAAAACCUUUUCUGGGAUUCAUAUUGGCGGCUUGCUUAAUGAUUGGUUUAGUAGUGUUGUGUGGUUUGUUUGAUUCUCUGAUUCUUUAAAGGUUGUCGAUCCUUUGAGAGCUGCCUUUCUAAGUUUAACUUAUUUUUGUGAUGUAUAAGCUUUUUUAUACAAUGAAAAUGAAGGUCAGUUUCUUUAA